AUGUCUCACAACAAAUCUCCUGGUUCGUUUAAAGCAAACAAACGUCGACACGUCGAUUCUGUUUCGUCUGACGACGAUGUGUCACCUAUCGUUGCUGAUUCUUGGCCACGAUUCAUCGUUAUAGCAUCUGCAGAUGAUACUCCUCUGAAGCUGAAUCCAUUUGCCAUAUCAAAGGGCAUCCAAAGUGCUUGUGGCGAAGUAAAGAACGUUACUCGUCUUCGUUCUGGUUCCAUCCUCGUGGAAUGUGCACGGAGACAGCAAUCUAUCAAUUUGUUGGGUCUCAAACAAUUUGUUAACAUCCGAGUUGCUGUCUCAGUGCACAACACACUGAACUCUAGUCGAGGUAUCAUAAGAGAUCGUUCGCGUUGUUUGUCAGAAAUGUCUGAAGAAGAGAUUGUUACUGAACUAGAACAUCAAGGUGUCACCGCUGUUAAGCGGUUCACACGAAAAUCAGAAGAUGGCAAAAUAAUUAAUACACAAACAUAUCUCUUCACUUUUUCAAUGUCUACUGUUCCAAAAUCAAUUAAAGCUGGAUACUUCAACAUCGGAGUGGAGGUUUAUGUUCCAAAUCCACUCUGGUGUUUCAAGUGUCAACACUUUGGUCACGGAGCCAAAUCUUGCACUGCUAAGACAAGGUGUCUCCGUUGCGGUGGUCCUCAUGAUGGUACAGAUUGCACAAAUGUGCUCAAGUGUGCCAACUGCAGCGGGGAGCAUUUGUCUUCGUCUAAAUCCUGCCCAAUUUUCGUUCGUGAAUCUCAGAUAUUAAAACUCAAGCAUACAAACAAUAUUUCAUAUUCUGAUGCCAAAAAGCUACUUCUACCAUCUCAGACACCUUCCAGUAUUUCAUAUUCGGCAGCAGUGUCUUCAGCCACAGUCACUUCUCUGUCUUCAGGUUCCAAAAUGACUAAAUCAAUCCACUGUCAAACUGCGAUCUCUUGGAUCAAUGAUGACCAGAUCAUCAUUGAUGAAGCUAAGCCAAGUAAACCCACAACACUGUCAUCUUCAUCUCAGACCGAGAAUCUGCAAACAUUAACCAGUCAACAAAUUGAACCAGACAUCACAGAAGAAAUUGAAACAGUUCAGGGUGAAGCCCAUCUAUCAAAAAAGCAAACAAAAAAGCAAAUGAGGAGAAAGGCCAGGGCACUCCAGCACUUGGAGGAGCCUUCUCCUGUUGCGUGCCCUGUUGUGGUUCAUAAUCCUUUUGAACCAUUGGACAUGGAGGUUACUCCAACCCUCCCAGGACAUGGGAAUGUCCCCUCCACUCGCUUACGUACCCCCGUUGAACCUCCAUGA